CGGGGACUUCCGCCGGGUUCCCCUGCCCGGAACGUGAACGUAGCCGUCCCAAUGAAGGUGACGGCGCCUCCUGCCUGCCCCGUGGUCACCUGAGACACCUGGAGCUCCGUGUUUUCCCCACGCACACACGGCUCCACGGCCGCCGCCGGGUAGAGGGGCGUGAAAUCCCGGCCGAUCCAAGGUCAGCGGCGGAAACGGGGGGUUUUUUGGUCAAAGCCGCGGCUGCUCGGGGGAUGUUAGCUGGCUUCACCUGUUCACCUGAGCACCGAGCGACGGGUCGGUUCCGUGGACCUUCACCAACCGCUUUCAGCAUCUUCGCGUGGAAGUUAUCGCCGACAGGCUCGUGGACGUGUUGGCUCCGGGAUGACGGGGCGGACGGUCCUGCCGCUGCUCCUCUGGCUGUGCGCCGCGUACUUCGUGGGCAUCUACCUGUUCGUGGGCGGCUUCCUGCUGGUGCGGCUGGAGGUGAACCGGACCAGCGGCUGCGCGGACGUGCUGCAGCCCGGAGAGGAGCCGCUGGACUUCUGCCAGGCGCCGCCGCGCUUCCGCCGGACCGUCGUCCUCAUCAUCGACGCGCUGAAGAUCGACUUCGCCCGGUUCGACCCCACCAACGCGUCGCCGCGACCCCACGAGAACAAGCUGCCGGUGCUGCAGGAGACGCUGUCGGCCAGGCCCGCGCACAGCCGCCUGUACGCGUUCCGGGCCGACCCGCCCACCACCACCAUGCAGAGGAUCAAGGGCUUCACCACGGGCUCCCUGCCGACCUUUGUGGACGUUGGCAAUAACUUUGCGUCCAGCGCCAUCUUGGAGGACAACCUCAUCCACCAGCUGGGGCGGAUGGGUAAACGGGUGGUGUUCAUGGGCGACGACACCUGGGAGAACCUUUUCCCCAGGAAGUUCCACCGCUCUCUGCCGUUCCCGUCCUUCAACGUGAAGGAUCUGCACACGGUGGACAACGGCAUCCUGCAGCACCUCUACACCACUAUGGUGGGGGACGACUGGGACGUGCUGCUGGCCCAUUUCCUCGGCGUGGACCACUGCGGGCACCGGUUUGGGCCCGACCACCCCGCCAUGGCCGACAAGCUCACGCAGAUGGACGGUGUGAUCAGGUCUGUGAUGGAGCGGCUGCAGGACGACACCCUGCUGGUGGUGAUGGGCGACCACGGCAUGACGGACACGGGGGAUCACGGCGGGGAAAGCCAGAAGGAGACGGAUGCCGCGCUCUUCCUUUAUAGCCCCUCCCCCAUCUUCGCCGGACCGCCGUCUCAGGACGAGCCAGACGUCGUUCCCCAGACGGACCUGGUUCCCACUCUGGCUCUGUUGUUGGGGAUACCGAUCCCCUUCAGCAGCGUGGGCCAGGUCCUCCUGCCUCUGUUCCCCCCGCACCAACAGGCAGGAGGCGCAGCGGGACGUCCCAGCCAGCUGGAGGCGCUGUGGAUCAACACCAAACAGGUCAACCGGUUCCUGGAGACGUACUCGGCUCUGGCCAGAGACAUCAGCCCGGAGCGCCUCGCCGAGCUGAAGGCCGACUUCGCCCGCCUCGCCGCCUCCUACCUGGGCUCGGUGGGGGAAGGGCGGCCGCCCCCGCCGCAGCUGGCCUCCUCCCUGCAGGCCUACCUCACCUCUGUGAGGGACACCUGUCGUUCCACCUGGGCGCGCUUCAACCCGCUGAAGAUGGCCGGCGGUCUGGCCGUCCUGGCGCUCGCCUGCCUGACGUGCUUCGUGACGUCGGAGCUGUCCGUGGUGCUGACGCAGGAGAAACGGGCGGGGCUGAAGGCCCCGGCGGCCGUGGCGUUGGCGGCGGCGGCGGGCGUGGCGGCGGCCCAGCUGCUGACUCGGGGUUACGUGGAGGCGGCGUGGUGCCUGGCGGCGGGGACCGUCGGCUCCCAGCUCCUCUUCCUCUGGAGGGCCUGGCGGCUGGGCGGCCCCGUCGUUUUAAAGAACGGCGCCCGAGCCUCCAGGCUCUCGCGGUGGCUCUCCCCGCGCCGCCUCCUGGUCCCGUCCGUGGCGGUGCCGCUGCUCCGGUGCGCCUCCCUGUUCUCCGACAGCUACGUCAUCUACGAGGGCCGGGUCGUGACCUUCCUCCUGCUCUCGCUGGCUCUCUACGUUCCCGUCCAUCUGAACUGGAACGGCCAUCUCCUGCCUCCCACCCCGGACCCCCUGAAGUCUGCGGGGCUGCUGCCGUCCCCCGCUCUGUCCCCGGCGGCGGUCAGGAAGGAGAGCGGCACGCUGUGCGGCUGCCUGGGGCUCCUGGUCGUCUGCGCCUACCUCUCCCUCUGCUUUCACGGCUGCAGGGAGGAGCAGGGCCUCUGCCAGCCGUCGCCGUUCCUCUCGCCGCUCUCGCGGCUGCAGGACAACCAGCUGAAGAACCUGUACUACGGCGUCUCGGUCGCCUCCCUGGCGGUCUGCGCCUACCUGCUGCGGCUCUGCCUGUGUCACUACGGCAACCUCAACGCGUCGGGCGGCGCCGUGUUCGCCGCCCGCUGGGUCCUGCCGCUGCUGUGCGUCUGCGCGGGGCUCCACUGGGCCGUGAGCGCCGCGCCGGAGGACGGCUUCAGGAAGCUGGCCGAGCUGAUCCGGGUGGCGCAGCUGGCCCUGCCCCGGGCCGCCUUCUGCCUGCUGGGGGCGGGGCUCUCCCUCGUCUGGGCGGACCCCCUCACCGUCUUCGUGAAGGCCAGGCCCGCGGCGUCGGCCAGGAGCUCCGCCCUCCCGCCGCCCCGCUACCGAGCCAGCACCGGCAUCAGCCCGCAGGCCGAGCUGCACCACCUCAUCCCGCAGAUCUACCAGCGCAUGCGGCGCUCCCUGGAGGACGGCGAGGCCGGCGGCGGCGGCGGCGAGGAGGACCACCGGCCCGCCGUGGAGGCCUACGGCCUGGGAACGGUCUACUCCGCCCCGCUGCUGCUCUUCUGCGGCCUGCUGGGAGUCGGGCUGCUGCUGCUGCACCCGGAGGGCAUGACCCUGUCCUUCCUGCUGCUGCUGCUGGAGAUGGCGGCUCUGCUGCACAUCCACGCCUCCUCCAGCACCCUGAGCGGCGCCGCCGGCUCUGACCCGGGUGGGUUCAGCGUGCCAUGGACGCCGGUGGUGGCGUGGGCGCUGGCUGCCACCCAGUUCUUCCACGCCACCGGUCACCUGCCCACCUUCCCGUCCAUCCAGUGGGGCGCUGCCUUCGUGGGGUUCCCCGAUGGACACGCGGGGACCAUAUUACCAGCCUCCCUGGUUACCCUCAACACGUUUGCCUCGCACAUCUUGUUUGCAGCUGCCUGCCCUCUGCUGCUGUUCUGGCCUCUGGUGCGUGAGCUCAGAGGGAGCCGGGCUGGAAGAGGCUGCGGGGACGAAGGCGAGGACGCCGUGAUGGAGAUGAGGCUGAGGGAGAACCCCCGGCAGUUCGCCGCCGCUCUGCUGCAGCUCGCCGCGCGCUACCUCUUCGUCCUCGGAGCACAGGCGUUGUCGUCAGUCUGCGCCGCCGCUAUCCUCAGGAGACACCUGAUGGUGUGGAAGGUUUUUGCUCCAAAGCUGAUGUUCGAGGCCUGCGGGUUCCUGGUCAGCAGCGUCUUUCUGCUGGUCGGCGUCACGCUGGUGCUCAGAGUCGACGUGGCCGUGGGCCGCUGGUUCAAAACGCUCGUCCCGGACGCCUCCAGGUAGCAGCGGCACCGCCGAAGCCCGGCGGGCGCGACGCGACCGGGAGGAGCUGGACCUGUGAGGGACAGACGGACGCCUGGACACCAGAACUUUGGACUCUUCAUCAAAGCUGCCUCACAGAGGAGGAGA